CGCUGCGAAGAAAAUGGCGGCGGCGCCGAGCGGAGACGAGGAGAGACUACUCAAGGCAGCUAACAAAACAGCAGGAGUUUCAGGGACACACAAACAGCACAGCCGUCCAUCAAUAAGGGAGGAGAAGUCUGAGGACCAAGACUUGCAGGGUCUGAAGGACAAAUCCUCCAAAGCCAAGAAAGCCAAGAAGGAAAGGAAGGAGGACAAGCAACAUGAGCCAGCACAGCCGUCUGCAGAACCCGCUGAAGCAGGCAAGGCAGAGAUGUCGGAAGAAGCUGGGUCUGCUCCAGCCGCACCCGAAGCCUCGGCCUCCCCGAAGCAGCGCCGUUCUGUCAUCCGGGACCGUGGGCCCAUGUAUGAUGACCCCACCUUACCUGAAGGCUGGACCCGCAAGCUCAAGCAGAGGAAAUCUGGUCGCUCAGCGGGGAAGUAUGAUGUCUACCUUAUCAACCCCCAGGGAAAAGCCUUCCGCUCCAAAGUGGAGCUCAUCGCCUACUUUGAGAAGGUGGGUGACACUUCUCUAGAUCCCAACGAUUUUGAUUUCACGGUAACUGGACGUGGGAGUCCAUCGCGGCGAGAGCAAAAGCCUCCCAAGAAACCCAAGGCCACAAAAACGUCUGGCACAGGUCGGGGGCGAGGGCGGCCCAAAGGGAGUGGUUCUGCCAAGCCCAAAGGAGCUGCUUCAGAAGGGGUCCAGGUGAAGCGGGUGAUGGAGAAGAGUCCGGGAAAACUGUUGGUCAAGAUGCCUUUACAGUCCUCUCCAGCAGGGGCCAGAGCAGAAGGCACAGGUGGGGCCACCACCUCGGCACAAGUCAUGGUUAUUAAGCGUCCCGGACGCAAGCGGAAGUCUGAAUCUGACCCUCAGGCUGUGCCCAAAAAACGGGGCCGUAAGCCAGGUAGUGCGGCAUUAGCAGCAGCAGCAGCUGAGGCCAAAAAGAAAGCAGUCAAAGAGCCAGUGGUCCAGGCGGUCCAGGAAACUGUGCUUCCCAUCAAGAAGCGCAAGACGCGUGAGACGGUCAGCAUAGAGCUGCCCAAGCCGCCCCCCCCCUCUCCAAGCAACACAGACGAGCGGAGCCCUAAGGGACAGCGAAUAGCUGCUAAGAGCCCAGGGCGGCGCAGCAAGGAAAGCAGCCCGAAGGGGCGGGGUGGCAACACUGUUCCAUCCUCUGCCUCUUCCUCCUCCCCUGGCAAGAAGGAUCAGCACCAUCCUCCUCAUCAGCCACCUCCAGAGCCCCAUGGCAGCCCCCCAGCUCAGUCCCCAGAAAGCCCCAAGGACAGCAAGAGCCUCCUAGCUGAACCCCAGGACUUGAGCAGUAAGAGCUGUAAAGAAGAAAAGGCUCCCGAAAGUGAUGGCUGCACCAAGGAGCCACCUAAGACUCAGCCUGGCGGCACGGCAGUGCCCUACAAACAUGAGCGCAAAGACACUGUGUCAUCCUCUGCAGCCAUGCCCCGGCCUACAAACAGGGAUGAGGCCGUGGACACCAGGACGCCUGUGUCAGAACGAGUCAGCUGACUGUGAGGGGGGUGAGCAAGCAAGUGAGCGCCAGAGGAAACAAAGAGAGGGACAGGCACUCCCGGCCCCACACCCCAGUUGAAACUCCAGGCAACUGUAGGACUCCCCCCUUUCCCUGCAGUGCCCCUGCUUCCAAGCAGUCAGCUUUCCCCAAACGAUUCUUCCUCUGUCCCCCUCCUUUCCCCACUUUUUAAUGCAGACAAGCACAGUGUGGGGUACAGAGACAUGCCUCCCAGGGCUGGAAGCCACAUUGCACUUUUUUUUUUUACAGAAUGGGGGCACCCUCUCCCCACCCCCCCACCCCACCCCCAGGCCCCUUCUGCCAGGCUUUGCUGCAUAUACUACUGACAAAGCAAACUGUUUGGCAGGAGAAGGGCAGCAACAAACUCUGGCCUGUCUCCCUGAUCCUGCUUGCCCUCCACAUUACAGAGGCCCCAUGGACAGAUCAGGGGAGGGGCAGGGGACAAUGUGUGUAUUCCACUCCACCUCCCUAGUGCCAUGUAAUGUAGUUGUCCAGUCUUAAUUGGAGUUCCGUAGUUUUCAGUAGGAUGUGUGCAUGCAUGUCCACGUGAGCGAGAGAGAUGGGGCUGUGGUGCCGUGGGAGCUGAUAUUCCCCCAUCUCCCAUUCAGACCAGCAAUUAGGAUUGACCUCCUCUCACCCAAGGACAGUUCUGCUGCUAAGAGACCGCUGGGGAGGUAAUGGGGGCAGCUUUGUAAGAAUGUCCUCCCUCCCUGUUGUGUCUUGAAAGGCCUUUGAUUUCGUUAAAGCAAUCUGAGUGUGCCGAAGCGUGUGCGUUUGUGUGUGUGUGCUUGUCACAUGUGAAGAGUUAAAACGAGAAGUUCUUCCAGUUCUUUUGUCAGUGAUGUCAGCUUAGGGAAUUGUUUGCACUAACGGAGGCCUUUGCCCACCUGCUGUGAGGCUUUGGCAUGAAAGCUGUAUGGAGUGUGCCUGUGUAUAUUGGGGCGGGGUGAGAUGGGGAGAAUGGGACUUUGACCGAAUACUGGCUCACCUCCUCACCUUACUUGUGGGGCAGGAAGGUAGCUGAAUGUGUGUAAAACUACCUGUAACUCUCUGCUGGGGUUAGUACGUGAUGAGGCUGAACUGAGAGGCCUAGUCUUUGCCAUUUCGAAGGACUUGCUGGUGUUUGGCAACCAAGCUCUUCCAUGGCAGUUGAGCAUCCCUUUCUCCGCCCUCCGAGAAAGUAGGGCUCAGCAGAAGUGUAGCAUAUAUGGGAGAGGGAACUUGGUCUCAUAUUGGUGGUGGUCACCCAUCUCCCCACUCCCCAGUCUAGAAAAGAAUUGCAGAAGGCUCUGCAAAGAAGAUUGGCCACCCAAGUCUGUUUUUGUUUUAAGUGGCAUAGGCAGCACAGAAUGAAUCUGUACCUCCUUUUCUGGACAACAGCAAAGUGCCCAUUUUCAAGAUGGCGUCCAUGGGUCCAAGUCAGCAGUCUUGGCAGGGAGUAGAGUGUCAUCAUUUUAAAAAAUACUUUUUAAAAAAGUAUUUUUUUUAAAAAAAAGGCAACCUAACUUUCCCCCCUAUCUACUCAUCAGACACUGAAGUAAAAUUUCUUCUGUGUAUGUCAGCAGCUGAACUAGUUUUAUUUUGGUUAUUUAGUUUAAAUAAGGGACAGUGCAGUAGUCGUAACAGAGCCUGUCUUUCUGAGGGUAGGACUGAUGGGACUGAAUGGCUUGACUUCAUAGCAGGACUCCCCAUUUUUCCAAGGGUUCUUGCACCCCAGUCAAGACCAGAUUUGGUUUCUGUUCUUCCCAAAUUACAUGUUACAUUUUUUCUCUGGAUCCACACGAUCAGGCAUGUUGCAAGUUUCAUGCCAGGAACUUGAUUCCCAGGUGCCUGGAAUUGGACCCAUGAGUGCCUGGAAUUAAGUUUUCAGCACAGAACUCCCAGCAUAUGUCUUCCUGGUAGACCAGGGAGAACCUGGGGUAAAUGUAAUGUGUUACUAAACUCUCAGUGAUUGCAGUAAAUUUUGGACUGGCUUAUAAUUCUGUUUUCUUGGAUGAAAGCCAGAGUCCCCUAUGUGACUGCACUUUAAGGCUGGGCUGGAGUCUGCUACUGCUGGCUGUCUCUGGAGGGUACCUCCAAGAGUAACUGAUCUGAAAACUGACUUUUUAAAGCGUUUGCCAGAGGUGGAUUGUCUGAGAAUGAUGCUAUGGCAUAAAAUGUAAAGAUACGAGGGAUAGGGAAGAAAUGGCUUUGUUCUAAACAAAUCAAAGGGCUUUUCCUUGAUUUAAAAAAGGCACAAACUUAUCUUGGGUAGAGGGACAGUAUACCUUUCUUUCACUCCCUUGGAAAAGCUGCUUGCAUUGUCACAGAGAACCAAUGUGGGCAGUCUGCAGCCUUGGAAGAGCUUUUCAGGCUUUUUGACCUAUUAGACAAAGUGGGAUAGAAAAUGAAACUUUUGCUGUCUCUGGAACACUGGCAGGUGAAGCCCCAUCAGUCUGAAUUCUCCCUGCCAUGCAGCUUUGAAAGAUACAGGUGCCUCCUUUAUGUCAGGUGUUUGUAAUUCUUUGCCAUGCCACCCUCAUUCCCCGCUAGAGCUGCUUCAAAUGUAAGUUGAUUUGCCUUUUUGACUACCCCCCUUUCAUUCUCUCUCUCUCUCUCUGGAUAAGAUGAUGCACUUUAAAGCCAACAGAGAAAUUUUUGCUUGCCCCCCCCGCCCCGCCCCGCCCCGCCCCGCCCCUUUAGAAUGAAAAUAUAACUGCAAAAGAGAACCAGAAGCCCAUGGGAAGACUGCUUGGUUUUGGCAGUGUCUCGUACACAGUGUUACACAGGAGAGAUUAAGUUCUAUAUAUGUAAAUUGUUGGGGAGUCUAAUGAAAACUAGAAAAUAGAAAUCCAUAUAUUUUUGAAAAGAGAGCAACUGAGGCUGGGUAUUGUUCAGAUCCAGUCUGUGCCUGCAAAUAGAUUAGGCAUCUUUAAUGUGUCAGAGAAAUCCCGACAACAGCAGCAGUGCCUGUCCGUCCAUCUGUCGUCGUCGUCCCCCCCCGCCGUCUUGCAAGUCCUUUUCUCCCAAGCCACCUUGCAUGCCAGCUCUCUGCUGCAUAUCACAGCUGUUUGACAACUCGAGUUUCUAGGCCUGGGUGUGUGUGCGUGCGCGUGUGCGUGUCCCAUCUCCAAUAAAACAGAUUGGUAAAGUGAAAUGGCGGGGUAGCUAGCGGGAUAUGAAAUGGAACCUGGUCCUCUCCCCCUUGUUGUGUGAAUGAUGCUGUUGAAUCUAGCCACUUCAGUAGAGUGAGUUGUCCUAAAGACAUUUGGCUGUCUCGGUCUACUUACACACAGGGAAACAGGGGGCUGAAAAAGGUGAGCUCCGCCCAUGCUCCCGGCCCGCCCGCCCAGCCCAGCCUCGGAGACUCAUGUGGGGCGAGAGUGUCCGGCGCUUGAGGGACUGCACAGGAGGUUUCUACCCCUUGUUCGCAUCGUGCACCACCCCGAUGUUCGUGUCAAGUGAAAAUAAACUGCUCGUCGGUUUCAAUUAUUAUUCAAUAAUGUGUAGAGCUUAACCUUAGGCCUAACUCUCUUUUGUUUGGGGAUUUAAUUUCUGUUGUGUGUGUGUGUGUGUGUGUUUUUUAAGGCACCAAGUAGAAACAGAAAAAUUGUCUAAUUUUAUAUAUCUGUAUAUUGCAUUAUAUAAAUGAAGGGUUGCUUUUUUUCUGCUUGUUGUGCCACUACCGCUCGAAGGAAAACAGAUCGGCAAGCAAGGAACGAUACGGUCUGUUGAGAAAUCAUAUAUCGCUUUUUGACCAUUUUUCUGGUCUUUCAGUAUCAUAGGACAAGGGGGAAUAAAACUGACCCAUCAAACCUGCCUGCCAGUAAUUUUUUCUCUCUGACAGCUGAACUGCCUUUUAGCUCUGGCUGUUUUCCUACAUUUUUGGAAGGGGAUUGCCUCUUUGUCUUGUGGAGGGGAACACAAGCAAAGUGGAUGAGUAUAGUCAACUUAAAAAUUUUUUUUUGCACUCAGUCAAUUGGGUGGGGGGCAAUUAUUUAUGUUUGAAAUGGUGAAGCGGAAGUGGGGCAGCGUUCGGGGAUAUGGAGAGGGUUGCAUUCAGUCACAACUCUGUCCUCCAUUAACAGAAAAUCUUGCAUUUCCAAUUGGAGAUUACCCUAAUGCAUGCUGCUAGCAUGAUUUAACUCUGGAAUUUAUAGCCACUUCUGAAGAACAAUUUGGCUUAGCAUUCAUCUAUGAAAAUUCUUUUUGACUCUUACGUGAACGAUACAAUGCUUUUCUGAUAGAGUAGAUCUCUUCCUUUUUCACAGCGAACAAUUUUUUUACUUGCCUUUUUUGGCUCACCUCCAUCAUUUUCAGAGAUUGUCUGUGACCAGUAGCUCCUUUUAAUCCUGUUCUUGUGUCUUGGCCAGUAUAAAUUGGCAGCACUCCACUAUAAUGUCUCUCUUACCACUGGAAACUUGUUUCUUCUUUCUCAGCCCAGCUCCUCAUUUGGCACAACCUUGGAUCCCGUUUUCACAGCCAUCUCUUCUGUCUUUGAUGUUGCGUGUUUAUAGGCCACCCUCAUUUUGCCUGCAGAGGCAGCAUCACAGAGAAAUAGGAUGGGUAAAGAAGGUGCAACAGAUUCUUGAGUGGAUGUUGUGGGAGCUUCGUCUUGCGUAUUAAAUCUUUCCCCAAAUCAGUAAAAAUUCUGUAUUUUACAAUUGCCUUUUAAUUCAGUUAAUGUGGGCAGUCAGUGGACAUUUGCCCUUUUUGUUCCCAAUAUUUGUGUGACUGUACCUGCGAGUGGUAUAAUUGCUUAAUAAUGCACUUUUGUAUAAAACAAUAUAAUGUUUCCAACCACAAUUAGCACCUGUAACAUCAGGGCCCUGCUAGCAUGAAUCAGAUCGGAGGCUGAUGCAUUUGCAAAGGGAAGGUAGAUCUGAAGGGGUCGGCUUGCCAACGCUUGACUAACCGGUUCUCACGACAUCCCAUAAGGGACCAUUCAGCAGAGGGCUGCAGGUGAUGAUGUGUUGCUCUCGGCCAGCUUCCACCUGCAAGUCGUGGAAUCAGCAAUACCUGCUCGGGAGGUAGCAACUUAAAUUUGCCGUUCUUCCAAAAGCAAAGGUAACUAGACCGAGCACAAAUUACGCGGGGGAGGCGGGGGGGGGGGGAGUUUGACUAUAUCUUCCUAAUAGAGGUGGGGAGAGAUUAUUUCCCACUCUGUACACUGGCAAGCUCAUACAGAUGGGCAUCGCUUGUUCCAGUUAUACAUAUCUGCAUGAAGGGUAAGUGGAUGAGUUGGAAAUUUUGUCCUUUUGGUUUCCUUGAGUGCAAAAAAAACACAAAACCCUCACCCACCUUGGCAACUUCUUUCUCUCCUCCUUUAUUGUACUGGGGGAGGGAUGGGUCCCCCCCCUCCCCUGGCUUCCAUGAAGUGACAUGCCGCUCACAACAAACCAACUUCCUUCCGCUUCACAACUUAGUAGUGAUCACCAUAUGACCAAAUAUUACAAAGGACUGUUACUAAAUGUAUGCUGAGUGCUUGCUACCCUGUACAGCUCUUACUCCUCCGUAGCCAACUCUCUCUCUCUACCCAGUGGCAGUCCUUCCUUUCUCUUUCUUAAAAUGUUUUCAGUUUUUUUUUUUAAAUUCCAGACACAGAUUUUUGGGGGGGAAGGUUUGGGGUUUUUUUUGUUUUCCUUUCUGCUAGUCUUUUCUCUGAGAAACUGUGGUGUUUGAGACUCUCAUUGUGUGUAGGGUUUUAUCUACCCCUGCCCCCCCAGGAAAAAAAGAAUGUCGGUGAAAACCUUACGUGUGUUUUUGAUGGUCUACAAGUACGUAUUGUGAACAUUUCUGUAAAGUAAUUGUUCCAGGUACAAACGCUUCAGAUUUUUGAGUGUAUUUCAAACAUAUGUAUAUAUUUUAAAAGGGUGGGGUAGUAUACUUUUUUGUGCUUUAUCUGUUGGCAGUAAAGAGAAAAGGGAGAUUCGCUGGGGAUGUGAAGUAUUUCCAGGGUAUUUUGUAUAGUUUCUGUUUCUGUCAGUCCGCCACCAGUAGGCAAAUGAAAUGGUUAGAGGCCUUCAUACAAAUACUCAUUUGGUGGGGGGACAGGCUAGCUUACUGCCAUAAGGGCAAUGAAGGGGAAUGCUAUGAUAUUUCUGCUGAAUGGAUUCAGAGCUGAAUGGAUAUCACCAUUAGAGGAGAUCUCUGUGUGUCUGGAAAAGUUUGAUUGGGUUUUUAAAAAAAAAUGUGAAGAGUUGCUAUGAGUACUUAUCGAUGUGGACUUCUGACCCAUCCGCAGCAAAUCUCUGGUCUAAAUGAAAUAAAAUUUAUCCAAGAAUCUUCCAGAUUUUACUGUCAUGUUAGAAGUGGAUAGAAGCAGAGAUUGUAGCAGAUUUUGUUGAUUCUUCCUGAAAUCAAUUUUAAAAGGCUUGUUGUUCACAGUCUGUCCUCCCCCCUUCUUGCUUCCUGAUUGCACCUUUCAUUUGGUUGAUGCGUUUUUGGGACAAUUACUUUUAAGAACUCUGAGUAGAUUGUUUAAUAAAACUUUAAAAUGGAUUGCUCUUUUUGUAGGUUUUGUGUACAGCCAAAAAAAAAAAAAAGACUGAAAGCACUGACUAUAUUUAAAAAAAAGAAAAAAAAGAAAUUUAUUAAAGGAAAAUUUGUAUAAUUUCAGUAAGAAAAUAACAAAAUCCGUCUGAAUGUAUAUGUAUAUGUUUAAAAAAUCCACCAACCUCCCUCCGUACCCUUGUAUCCUAUUUAUUAUAUAAAAAGUUUGCCUUAUAAAUUUACAAGAAAACAGUUCCUUCUUUAUGGGUGUCUCUAUCAUUUUUUGGUUGUU